UUUGAAACCAUGGCAACUUCCAUCUCUCCUGGCCAGAUCUGUUCACCAUCUAGCACUAAACUGUCGUCUGCUCCCUCAUGGAAGGACGACCCAGUGUCUGCCUCUUUUCAACUUUUCAGCCUUAUCGAAAUGCAGGAUAGAUUCCUGGAACAAGUCCAGGCCAUAGAUGCCUACAUCCUGGAACUGUCCGAGAAGAUCGUGAGAGAUGCAGCCAAUGGCGGCCAUGUUGGACAUGGGUUACUUCUGCUCAACAGGAAGUGUGUAGCUGAAGGUGUCCGUCAGGUGUACCUACGACUGGCCACACACAAGUGGAAACAAGUCAGGCAGUGCUACAACUUGAUCAGACAAAACUUCGAGAACCAGGACCAUCUUUCAGCAGCUGAUCUGGACGAGUCACAUGACCAUGAAGUCACCCAGAUUGCUCGUGGACUUAGUAUGGAGUGUUGUGCGUUCCAGCGAUCAUGCUAACAGUAUCUGACUGACUGAGUUGGUGAAAACUACAUCAAGCUGAAGCUGCAUCUUUAUUCAGCAGUAUAUAAUAGUAAAUACUGUACCACGCUUGGAGUGUUGUUCGUUCCAGCGAUCAUGCUAGCAGUAUGUAAAAUACUCAUGGGAUGACUUGAUGUUGAAGAUAUACGCCUUCACCGAUGGGCAUCUGGUGCUCAUUGUAAAUAUUCUUUGAAACUCAUGGAUGGAAUCUUGUGAGUUUCAAUGACCAAGCCAGCUGGACAAAAUACUCUUUAACGUAUGUUGAUGAGUCUGUUUUCACUGACUGAAAUCUAGUGCUUGUUAUAAACAUUGUUAAUACCCGGUGAUGUCAUAGCAUCAUAACACAUUAUUUAUGUAUCUUUAAUAAACUGUUUAACAGCCAGUGUGUUGUUGUUGGUUUGUAACACCACACAUUAUAUUGCCAACCAUUAUUGAUAAACCGGGGCUGUACCAAAUUUAUUAGUUUCAAGUUCUUGGAGCUUGAAAUCGAAUCAAAACAUUUCAGGAUUAACAGGUGCAGCAUAAUUUCAUUCUGUACAUAUACAUGUUGAAAUAUAUUCAGCAACACCCGUAUUUUCUCAGACUGAACAACUUUAAUAAACUGGUGCAAAACAUGUGUCAAGGUUUCCAUACCAUAUGAAUUUUGAAGUGAAAAUAAAGAGUUGAGGAGAAACAUAGCCAAGAUUAGCACGACAUAAUCUGUUUUAUUUGAAGAUCAGACAAAAUCUGAAUGGAAAACAGCACAUCACUGACAUCCUACACUGGGUUGUUGUUCCACAUUUCCAUGACCAUCCUCUGAACACAAAGCCAGUCCUAGUGGACGACAAUGCUAAGCCAAAUUGUGCAUAUG